GUCUGCUGGCUCAUUGAUCGCCGAUGCAUCCAUCGACCAAGAUGAAUGUGUCUGUGCGGUCCAGGGCGCGAGCGCAGUCCAUGAACACGCACACCACGCCAGCUGCCACGCACAGGUGCGGCCAAGGAACGUUCGAUAGGGCGGAGCGGACACCAUCACGACACCCACCCGCGGUGGAACGGUCUCCACCACGAAUGCCUCGGAAGCACUCGAUCUCGCGCGUCCCGGUGGAGUAUCGACCCUAUGAUCGGAGCACGGCGCCAAGUCCUGUUCGACAACGUGCACAGAGCGAAUCUGUGCCGGACGACUACAUCGUGUUGAACGCAUCCGCGACACCAUGCUCUUUAUCAAAUGCCUCGUAUGAGCAUGAGAUUGCAGCACUGGAAGAUCAAGUCCUUGCUUUGGAAGGCGAACUCAUAUCGGCAAAGAUGGACAUUGCCGUCCAAGAGUUUAACCUGCUUGGGCUCCAAAACGACAACCUCCAGCUUCAACUCGCACACUCGAGUGCAGCGGCAGUUGCCAGCGCGGAGCUCAAGGCAUUAAAGGAAAAGUACCAAGAAGUGCUUCAGACCGUUCAGGAGCAAGAAAAGCUUAUCCAGCAGCAGGCCAAGGACCUCGACGAGUGCAAAGCGUGGAUUCUUGGCCACGUCGCAUCCACGACUCAUUCUAGGCGCAUCGACUCUGCUAUAUCCCAUGAGCUCGAGGCGCUGGAAGGCCGCGGAUGCGUCACUCAGAGUGUGUGGUCGUCGCGGUUUCAACCAGGGGUCCUGUCUGGGAAGUUGGAGUCCAUCAAACAGCAGCAAACGGCAGUCGCCCAAGUUGUGGCGUUGCAUGUGCGAGUCGGCCAGAGCGUGCAAGCUCAUGCUCUCCGGGUCGCCGACGCAGUAAAGUUGGAGCAGGCACUCUUGGAAGGAGUUGGUGAUGGCCCGCAUCCGCCAACGCUGGUCUCCGUCCCCGCUUCAAUGGCAAACGCCCCCGACCCGGCAACUAUAGCUCAUCUACCUGCUCCUGCAGGACUGGCCAAGCACGAUGGAGACAAUCCUGCGACAGAGCAUCACAGGACAUUCGAUCACGUGGCGCUGGAGAUCGGGACGCUCGUCGGCCGCUACAGCCCUGUCCAAGCAUCAUAAGCACCGCUCGUGCAAUUGGAUUCUAGAUAUUUCUAAGUUAAGUGACAACGCGGGCUCGAAUGUGUCGGCUACGCAAAC